AUGGAGCAUCAAUCAUACUGGGCAGUUAAGAGCUGCAAUUUCAAUUUGGAGGAAGCUAGCCUAAACCGACUCCUUCAAAUUCAAGAACUUGAAGAAAUGCGGUUAGACACCUACAAUAGCUCAGACAUCUACAAGCAGAAAACUAAGCUUGUCCAUGAUGCCAACAUCUUGAGAAAGAAGUUCAAGGAGGGUGAUAAGGUGUUGCGGUAUCAAGCUCAAUUCAAAUUCAAGAAGGGUAAGUUUAAGACGAGCUGGGAUACACCCCACAUUGUGACGAAAGUGUAUAACUUUAGGAUGAUAGAGCUCAAGAGGAGGGGCUACAAGAAAAUGUUUCAAUGCAAUGGUCAUCUCCUCAAGCUCUACGAAGAACCCACACUGUAA